UCCUAGUAGAAACUUGGCAUUGUGCUUAUAUGCACCGGAACCCCGCCCAUCCUCUGGGACCUCCCUCUAACUUUUAAAGUGUGUUCAGAGCAACAGCUUCAUGGAUCUCCAAAUACAAAACCUCUGGGUCUUAGCCCACACCUCCCUUUCACAUCCUCAUAUAAGUGCAAACGCUCUAGAGCCCAGAUCAGUUCAAAGACUUUCCGUCAGCUUCACACCCAGUGGAUUUGGAGUUCUGCUGAGCUUCGUUCAGGUCAGUUGUGGGCACCAACUUUCUGGACAUUGGCACUGUACAGCACUGCUUUUGGGCGACAUGGCACUCCGUCAGGAUUCUGACAUGGAGCCAAGCAUUGAGCUCUUCAUCAAGGCUGGCCACGAUGGUGAGAAUGUGGGAAAUUGUCCCUUCUGCCAAAGGCUCUUCAUGGUCCUGUGGCUGAAAGGUGUCAAGUUCACAGUGACCACGGUCGAUAUGAGGAAGAAACCAGCAGAGCUGAAGGAGUUGGCUCCGGGAACAAACCCUCCUUUUCUCCUGUACAACGGAACCCUAAAAACUGACUUCAUCAAGAUUGAGGAGUUUCUGGAACAAACAAUAGCCCCUCCCAGGUAUCCCCACCUCAGCCCACUCAACAAAGAGUCUUUUGACGUUGGAGCUGACAUUUUUGCCAAGUUCUCUGCUUAUAUCAAGAACCGCCCGAACAAUGCCUAUCAUGAGACAGCCCUGCUACGGGAGUUUAAGCGACUGGACAUCUACCUGAACUCCCCUGUCCCUCAAGAGAUUGAUGUCAACUCUAGAGAAAACAUCACCAUCUCCAAGAGGAAGUUCCUGGAUGGCAACCAUCUAACCUUAGCAGACUGCAACCUGCUGCCCAAACUGCAUGUCAUCAAGGUUGCUGCCAAAAAGUAUUGUGACUUUGACAUCCCAGCCCAGUUCAGCGGUGUGUGGCGGUACCUUCAGAACGCCUAUGAGAGGGAGGAGUUCAGGCAGACAUGCCCUGCCAACAUUGAGAUUGAAAAGGCUUACCUGAGUGUAGUUAAUGCAAGGAAAUGAGCCCCUUUUUCAUUUGUCAUUCUUUGCCACAGUAUCACCAGCUACCAUUCAUAGUAAUGCUGCUGUAGAAAGUCUAUGUGUAAUUUCAAGUAUAGACUAUUUAUUUGAAGAUUUUCUAAUGGCAGAAUUGUGUUGCAUGCCACACUGAUUUGCCAAGCGUGCAAUUGGCAUUGGCUGUUAAUCUAUAUAGCAGGUUGCUCUGUCUAUAGUGUAAAUAUUUCUAUUUUUACUAUACAAUAAUUGUAUAGAUGUGUGAAAAAGUAAGAGCCGUGGAAGGCCAGUUGAAAAACUGUUGAAACACAAAAUGAUAACCACGCUCACCAACUCAGAUAACAAAGUUCUGACCAAAACAAAUACAGUUCUUAAUCUUGUACAAAAACAUUUCAGAUGGUUUUAAAAGAUGUUACCAAUAAAAUACAUCUCUUUAUUCUAAA